UUUAGGGCAUGCAACCAAACUGAUUUAGAGAAGUAUGCAGUGCCAUACAUUUGCAAGUAACAAGCUACGCAAAAAGUUUGUCAAAGUUCAGGUGUGGGAUUAACAUUGAUGUUCAUGGUGAGUUGGAAAAGCAGUUCUUCUCCAUAUUAGAAUUGAACUUCCAUAACUUUACUAAGGAAGCCAGAAGGAUACCUUGCUACUAAGGAAAAGCAAUUCUUCUCCAUAUUCAUUCUUCCAAGAUGUAACUUGACCUCCAUUCAAGUAAACCUGUCCACAGAUGGGGGUGAAAAAAACACAAGUCACUCCUCUCUUCAAUAAAAAUUCAUGAUAUUUGAAGUUCAACUUCUAGAAUUACGUAAAAAGAUUUGAGAAAACAGAAUCUGAACUUUCUUCCAUCACAACAAUUAUGACUGCCGUCUCUCUUCCGAUUCAAAGCAAAAGGAUAGUUAUAUCACGGCUUGAAAUGGAUUGAUACUAACGGUGAGCCAACUGACCUUCCAUCGUUUUCACAGACCCUAAAUUCUGAUAAACUGCACCUCACUAGAGAAGUAUUAACAUCUAUUUCGCAUAAAACAAUCCCUUCUCCAACUGUUCUCCAAGCUCCCAAUUCGGACACUCAAAAUACUUGUCUAGCCAACAAAUCAUUUCAGUAGUUUGCCUAUGCUACCAGUAAACGUCGAAUCAGCAGCAGGAAUCAUUCAUUUAUCAUGUCAAGACUCACAGAUGAAGGUAAUGGAUCAGACCAGAGUUGCACAGAACAAUGUGAAAGGGAAAAUAAUCGGCGUAGUGCUCCUACCAGAUCCACCGGAAAAACGUUCUGAAGUUGGGAUUCAAUAUACUUCGGAAAGAAAUUUCAAAGCUAGGAUCCAGGCAACUGAAGUGAUAAAUGCCUGGAGCAAACCAUAAGCAACGAACACAAGCAUUCCUCCUCUGUCAAUCUCCACAAAUCCAUUGAUCCACUGGCUGAAAUAAAUGCUUCCUCGAUGGGAAAUUCGACUCAAACGAAUUGUGGCCACCGCAAUCAUCAUUCAAAUUCUCAAUCGUAACAGCAACAGAGCACAAAUGACGACGACAUUGUUGAAACCAGCUACGUUCGAUCAGCUCAAAUUUUGAUACGGAUCCGCGCGAAGGGAGAAAUGUGCAUCUGAGUGAACAAAGGAAGGGAAGCGAAGAAAGCGAGGGAAAGCAAAAACUACCUCAGCAGAUUGGCCACGGACCUCGCGCAGGAUGACCUUAUCGAGGCCAUUAACGCCCGUACAGAACUCCACGUACUUCUUCUCCCCGCCUCCGCCUCCCUCAAACGACGACAUUUCUCCGGUUCUUCCCCGCCGUCCCUGUUCUUCUGCUUAUCCCACUCGAGAGAGAGAGGCGAGGGAGAAGAAGAAUGAAUUGAAGAAGCGGAAGCAGCAGAGGCCUGAGCGUGAUGCGGAAACAGUAUUGAUGAGUGACGAUCUCAGGAGGAGAUUGGUGUCGCCGUUUGGUGAUAUGAAUUUCAACGUCAGGAGACGAUCGAUGACAACAAGAAUUCCUUCGGUUAUGAUUUGCUGAUGUAUGAUUGUGGAGAGAGAUUGGAAGAACUCGCAGUUUCCUCCGGUUCGACAGACCCUUCCAGAAUAUUGAAUGCUAGCAACUAGCAAGUGGCCCUCGUAUAAUAUUUUUGGAUAUAUAACAAUUUGCACUUUUUACAUAUUUCUUUUAUUGUACAUUUUGACAAUAUAUUUUUUUCAAUGAUUGCUGGAUCUAGGGAUGGCAAUGGGUCGGGUUGGGUCGGGUUUUGUCAAACCCAAACCCAUAUCCAUGGGUUUAUCCGUGUAAAAAAUUCGGGGUAAAACCCACUGGGUUUGAAAAACUCAAACCCAACCCAACCCGCUGGGUAUUCGCAGGUUCAUGGGUACCCACGGGUUUUUGUCGUAAAAAAUUACAAUAACAAGUUCCUAUCGAAAUUAAAACCAAAUAUCAAUCUCUCAAUACAAAUUAUUCAUAUAUAAAACACCAUUCUAGAAAUUCAAGCAAAUCACAAAUUAACUAUACAAAUUGUUCAACAUCAAUCUAGAAAACUCAAGAAAAUUGAAGCAAAUCAUAAAUUAUCCAUAAAUAACAUGAUUAAUUGAAAACUUCUUCCUUUCAAUUAAGUUUCUUCACUCUCCACUCGAUAACAUCAACUUCGUUCUACACAAUUAGAAAGAAAAAUUAGAGAUGUCUCCACAAACAUAAAUAAGAUUAGUUGUUUAGAAUAUUAAAUAUACCGAGAAAAUUAAUUAUAUGGGUGUGGGCGGGUACCCAUGGGUCGGGUUUACCUAAACCCAAACCCAACCCAACCAAAUGAAUAGUGAACGGGUUUAAACCCAAACCCGGCCCAAAACCCGUCAACACGAAUUUUACCCGCGUUGACCGGGUUGGAUCGGGUGGGUACCCGUGGGUUCGGGUUUUGUUGCCAUCCCUAGCUGGAUCCAAUAUUUAAAUUGAGGAUGUGAUCAAUAAUUUCAUUCUUAGACCAACUCUUUGAGAUUUCAUUUGGCAAUAUUCAAAAUUCAUUCUAUGGAAUAAAUUUUUAUAUAAUCUCACAUUUUUAACAACAGAUCAUUUUCAGUGUUAAAACGUAAAAAUAAUCAUUGUUUAAAGUUGAUAGCCCGUUCACUUGCCAUUUCGUUUUUUCAAAAUUGCUUAACAGAAAACAAAUUGAAAUGAAAACGAAGCUGUCAUUUUCUGAAAAACAAAACCUGAAGAAAACUUGUUUAGCUGAGAAUUUUGGUGAAUUCUAAAACUGAAUUCUAAAAAUGAAAACCUGUUUAGUUACUUCAUUCUGUUUUCUGAUACUGAUUAUCACAACUUUUUCAUUGUGUAUCAUACAAGUCUAAUCAUGAUUAUCAAACUACCAUUUAAUAAAUCAAUUUCCGCAGAAAACGGGGAGAAACCCGUGUACCCCAUUUUGAAGAAACAACUAUUUGUUGUUUUCUGGCAGCUGCACCAAUAUUUCUAUUUGGUUUCCCCACGGAAAAACAAAAUUGGAAGUGAACAAGUUUUUUUAUUUGUGUUUUCAAAUUUCUAUUGUGGAAAGAAAAAAUAGAAAACAAAAUGGCAAAUGAACAGGGAAUGAAUGAGUCUAGUUUGUUUAUUGGGUUGGGUUUAUAUAAUUUAGAUUGGUCCGAACUUUACACAGACUACUUUAGCCGAAAUUUUCAAAAAUCUUUAUUAUGUCUUUAACUUUACACUAUUUGGGCUACUUUGUCCUGAUUCGUGGGUUGACGGUCAUGUUGGAUGGUCAACAUAUUGAAUAUUAGUAAGUUGGCACAUAUUGCUAAUGUGGAUGCCUCGUAGUCUAGAAAUUUAAUAAAAUAAUUUAAAAAAC